CAGAGUACCAGCAGCCGCCAACCGCACCACCCUCCGCUGCGGAUCACCACAAUUCCAGUUCAGACCCCAGGACCUCCGGCGACACACACACCGAGCCCACGACCAGCCAUCCACGCACGGCACACACACGUCUCCUGGGCUAAUUGGAAAGGUGGACUUCACUGUUAGGCAUCUCUCUUCAUCCACAACUUCUUUUCCAAGUACAUGGGGCUUCUCGAGCAGCCAACCAUGUAUUGGAAGCGGCACACACCAGUGCUCUGCAUAUUCUGCAAGUUCUUAAUCAGAGACAACCUGGACAAUGCAGACUACCUUUCCAGAAUAUGUUGUUGCUCUUGCUACAAUUGUUGGAUCCAUAUUUUUCACUAUAUUUGGUGGUGUUGGUAUUGCCUCUCUUCCACUAGGGCUUAUAUUUUCAUUCAUUCGGUGUCCAAAGGCUGUUAUCACUCGUUCACAAUAUAUCAAGGAAGCCACAGAAUUAGGUAAAAAAGGAAGAGAGUUGAGGAAAGCUGCCGAUGCAAAAGCCACAACCAACCACGGCCUCGUCGUCCUUCUCUGUCAUCCACGACCUCAUUGUCCUUCAUCACCCUCCAUGACCUCGUCGUCUACUACAUCACCAUCAAGGUCGAGGAUUCUGAAGUUGGGCCCUAGAUUACAAAUUGAGCCUUAUUGUUCGAGAACUUCGCCUUCGAGGAUGACGCUGCAGCAAGCCAUAGCCGCCCAUGCUGCCAUGGUCUCUCACUGUCGAAGCUUGCAUCACCAUCACUACUAA